AUGACCGACUUCAAGCUGGGCAUCGUGAGGCUCGGCCGUGUGGCGGGCAAGACAAAAUACACGCUGAUAGAUGAGCAAGACAUUCCUCUCGUAGAGAGCUACUCUUUUGAGGCUCGAAUGGAAGUUGACGCUGACGGGAAUGGUGCUAGAAUCUUUGCUUUUGCGUUCGACAAGAACCGAGGGAGGGGAUUCGGGCGUCUGCUGCACGAGCUGCUGUGGGAAAGACACCGGGGAGGCAUCGCCCCAGGGUUCCAGGUGGUGCAUUUGAAUGCAGUGACCGUUGACAAUCGCUUGGACAACCUGCGAUUGGUGCCGUGGGGCUGGAGGCCCAAAGCUGAAGAAAUCUCUAGCAAACAAAGGGAACAAAGCUUAUACUGGCUGGCGAUACAACAGCUUCCGACUGAUCCCAUUGAGGAGCAGUUCCCCGUAUUGAAUGUCACACGCUACUACAACGCUAACGGAGAUGUGGUGGAAGAAGAGGAGAGUUCCUGCACAUACUAUGAAUGUCACUACCCUCCCUGCACAAUGAUUGAGAAACAGUUACGCGAAUUUAACAUCUGUGGCCGUUGCCAGGUUGCGCGGUACUGCGGUUCCCAGUGCCAGCAGAAAGACUGGCCCGCUCACAAGAAGCACUGUCGGGAGAAGAAACGGCCCGUCCAGCAGGAACUGGGACCAGAGCGAUGACAUGGCUGGCCAAAAACUUCCGCCGCGAGGGCCUUUCCC